AUGCCCGGCAUGCUGAUGGAUACUGGCCUGGGAGACCUCUUUGAGGACAAUGCGAGCACCAUUCGAGGCAUUCAAGAGUACAUAGACAGACUGCGACAGGGCGGUUGUAGACAAAGCAUAGCCUGGGGGAAACUCGGCUGUAUAGCCUCCGUAGCAGCAAACGGUACAGACGUCGAAAUCCGUCACCUACAAGCUUCGACGAAAGAUGGUUCCUGGUCUCUUAGUUCGAAACACACCAUCAAGAACGUCCACGGCGGAUCUCAACUCGCCAGUGUACACUGGAACAACAUUGGGUCGGAAAUCGCGAUUACGGAUAUAUACGGGAGAUUGGCGAUAUGGACGGUAUAUGUGUCGCUGGACCGGUUGAACCUGCUGAGGCAGUCGCAGGUGACGGCUAGAGACGACUUAUCCAUGCUAGCUGGAUUAUGGUGGUUGAAUAUGAACAAGCCAUAUGCUCUUAGUAAAGCCGCCAUAAAAACGGAUGGCGUUUUUAAAUACCCCACCAACUCACUGCCUCCUAUGGGACCUUUGAACCCGAUACAAGGCCGUGCCGCAUGUCUGGGUGUCACUAGGCACGGUGUGGUCAAAAUGUGGUAUUCGUCCGAUGCACAGCACAUUCAGAAAGCUACGGCGGAGUUGGAAUCGUAUACGUCCAUGGAUGAUCUUAUUACACAUGCCGCAUAUGCCCCCGAUAGAGACCGAACAGCUGUUCUAGCCGUAUAUACACAAUCCAAACAGUUGAGACUCUACCGCAUCUCUAUCGACUGGAAACAUCCUGCUCUCCCCCCGAAUACCAACGUCUCACAGCUCCCGUUACCAGUUACAAUAAUUGUAAAACGGUUAAAGAUCGAACACUAUCCAGGUGAUGGACAAGAUAGUGCCACAUCGUUCCUUACACAUUUGGAAGUUUUAUCACCCUUUCCCGGUAACAAUAUGCAAUACCAUGUUGUCUUGGGAUUCUUUGCGAAUACAUCGCAGCAACAGCCCGUGACCACGAUUAAAAGGUGGGAGCUAAGGAACAUUGGGACGUCGUUACACCCGGGGUUUGAUCAACUAGCGCAGAGGAGGAAUAGCACAGUCACAGAGAAAGAAAGGCAUGAACUCAUUUCGUACCCGGACGUCCCUCUGCACAAAUGCGCCCUGUCAGUCACACAGAUCAAUGCCAGUACGAUGAUCGGGGUAACAUUCACAGAUGGAUCUUUCGAAAUACGGGAUCGAAUGCAAUUCAACACCGUCCAUCCAACUGCUAACAAUGACAAGCUGUUGAACAUGGUACAUGCGGGAUGGCAUUUCCCGUUAUUAGGACCUCAUGUCGACAUUGUGCUAUCGCCGAAUUAUGCCGCUGUUGCACUUCUUACUAAAGAACACGAUGUGAAUUUAGUACUAAUGACACAUAACGAUGCGCUAGAGGGGACGCCGGAGGAGAAUCCCAAUAUAUUGAUUGCAGCAGCCACACUCGCUCAACAGCACGCCUGCUCGUCGAAUAACCAUUCGAAUAAUGAUGACCUAGCAGCCGUAGCGAGACAAUAUAACAAUGAUCAUUUCAAAACUUGUGUUCUUCUUGAAGCACAUCGUUCGCUAAAUCAAGCUAUUGAUUUCCUACAAGAGCAAAGCAACGAGAAGUUACAACGUAACCCGUUCUUCCAGCGCUGCUUGAGUUUGCAAUCCGUAUUAUACUACAAGGGAUGGGCGAACCCAAAACCCAUACCUGCUAAGAUCGCACAGGCAACGUUGCAUUUGAAAGCGACGUCUGUGGGGUUCGGGUAUUUUAUGAACAAUGUGGCGAGACAUAGGCAAGAUGUUGAGGAUUCUAAGUCUAAUGCGCUACAGAAUCUACUCGGUGUCGUGAAAUGGGAGAUUGACUUCCAUGUCUACCUUGUCGAUGAACUACUCGAGCUCGCACGUCGAGUACGCUCGAAUCCAGGUGAUAUGGAACUGGUGAAAAAGAUCAUGCACGAAACCAACUCCUGCGCCCUCCCUCUAAUCCUCACCGGCGCCUCCCGUUUCCUUCUAAAAUACAACUCCCGCGCCCUCCGCGGCUUCGACCAAGCCGCCCGUGACCAUCUAGCCCAAAACACCGUGGACGAAGCCCUAAAACAAGGUUUCCAAUCCCUCCGAACAAUCAUGGACGCCAACCCCGUAAAAUUCAACAUGUUUGAAAAGUUACUAGUAGACAUAAUCGCCCACAUCAAAAGAAUAACCGAAACCUGGGAUGCACAAAGACGAAUCGACGUAGAUCGGAUGAUAUUCCUUACCGGGGAGAUUCCCGAAGUGUUUUACCCCAUAGUUGAGAAGUUUUUACAACAUAGUUUGGGGAUAUUGAAGAAUGAUAUCGAUCCCUCGCAGAUUUUUUUCUUCGAUACUACUUGGUUGGGGUUUCAUGAUGAUAGGAAGAGUGUGGUGUUUAAAAGGACGGAGAAAGUGGAUACUUUGAGGAAGUGUUUGUUGAAGAAGGGGACACCGGUGAGGAGGUGUUUGAGGUGUGGGGAGGUGGUGGAGGAUUUGAUACCCAGCGCGAGGAUGGGGCUUUGGUUGCAGAAUGUUAGUAGGGUUUGUGUCUGUGGAUGUUUGUGGAUGCAUGGGGAUUGA